AUGGCGCCAGGGUGCAUUGCACCUAUGUGUAUCCGGGUAAAGGAUCACAGUAGUGUGUUGUGUGAACAGCUACAACAGCUUAGACAACAGACCGGGUUAGUGGAUCUAGAUAUAGUCUGCGAGGGACACUACAUCAAGGUUCACAAGGUCGUAAUGGCUGCCUGCAGCAAGUUUUUCAAGGAACAGCUUUGUAAAUAUAAUGUUCAGGCCUUGGUCAUUCUCAGACUUGAGGACUUCGGGUUGGAGUUGAAAAGAGAUGCUGUGAACUAUAUAAUAGAGUUUAUAUACAGUGGGGAAGUCAAUAUACUAGGUGAAAAACUGACCGACUUUUGUCAAGCAGCUCACACUUUGGGAGUAGCAGGUCUGGAGCAUCUACCUGUUCCUGCAACUAGACACGGACCAUCAAACCUCGAUAAAGAUCGUAUUCAAAUAGCGGAUGAAUCAGAACUGUGUGGUGGGAACUAUCUGCAGUUUCAACAAACUCCUUCCAAUAAUGAGAAUUCAAAACUACCUAUGGAAGUCAAUCCAUUCUUAAACAGUUUUCCUGGUAACUCUGGUCCCAGCAGUGAUGAUAUAAUUCUUCUUUCAACCAUAGAGAGAGACGAAGGUAUUUAG